AUGAACUCCAGAUGUUUAAAGGAUCCAACAGCAGCCAGAACUCCUGGAUUAUAAAAUACAAGCUCAUAGUCGGAAGUGGACUGCAAAUCAUCACACGAGGACUUUGAAACCAGAUCCAUUGGCCGAUCACUGGGUUGUGAUUGGCUUGUUUUUUCGUCAGUUCUCAUUGGCUGUCUGGAAAAGUGUCGUCUGCUAGUGUGCUUUAGUCAAACUGAAACAUGGAGCCCAUCUGCGCCACUGGAAUGGCUGCGAGGCUGCGGAGUCAGUGGGAUCGAGACGCGGGUUUGGGUCAAAACCACAACGCUGUCAAGUUCUUGGGUCAAGAUUACGAGACGCUGAGAGCUCAGAGCCAGCAGAGCAGACGACUGUUUGAGGAUCCAAUGUUCACCGCCAGCAGCUCUUCUCUGGGCUUCAAUGAACUCGGCCCGCGAUCCUCCAAAACACAAGGAGUGCGCUGGAUGAGACCCAAGGAAAUGUGUGCGCGUCCUCAGUUUAUCGUGGAUGGAGCCACUCGCACAGACAUCUGUCAGGGAGCGCUGGGUGAUUGUUGGCUGCUGGCUGCUAUCGCGUCCCUGACUCUGAAUGAUAAUCUGCUGCAUCGCGUGGUGCCGCACGGACAGGACUUUGACAGCAGAUAUGCAGGAAUAUUCCACUUCCAGUUCUGGCAGUUUGGUGAAUGGGUGGACGUGGUGAUCGACGACCGGCUGCCGACGAAGGAUGGCAAACUGUUAUUCGUGCACUCGGCGGAGGGUGGAGAGUUCUGGAGUGCUCUGCUGGAGAAGGCCUACGCCAAGCUGAACGGCUGUUACGAGGCUCUGUCUGGAGGCAGCACGUGUGAAGGCUUCGAGGAUUUCACCGGUGGAGUGACAGAGAUGUACGAGUUAAAGAAAGCUCCCGCUGACCUCUUCAGCAUUAUUGGCCGCGCCAUCGAGAGAGGCUCGCUGCUGGGCUGCUCUAUUGAUAUCACCAGUAAGUUUGACAUGGAGGCGGUGACCUUUAAGAAGCUGGUCAAAGGCCACGCAUACUCUGUGACCGGAGCAGAAGAGGUGGUCUACAGGGGGAACAUGACCAAACUGGUGCGCAUCAGGAACCCGUGGGGGGAAGUGGAGUGGACUGGAGCCUGGAGCGACAACUCUCGCGAAUGGGACAAUGUGGACCGCUCCGUCCGGGGCCGAUUACAGAACCGCAGCGAGGACGGAGAGUUCUGGAUGUCGUUCAGUGAUUUUCUGCGCGAGUUCACCCGUUUGGAAAUCUGUAACCUGACGGCGGACGCUCUCCAGGCCAGUCAGGUGAAGAAGUGGAGCACCGCCAACUAUAACGGCGAGUGGAGGAGAGGAAGCACUGCAGGUGGCUGCAGGAACUAUCCAGCAACAUUCUGGAUCAACCCGCAGUUCAAGGUGGCCCUGAAACACCCGGAUUCUCCCGGCCAAUCAGAGUGCAGCUUCCUGGUGGCGCUGAUGCAGAAGGACCGCAGGAAGAAGAGAAGAGAAGGGCAGGACAUGGAGACUAUCGGAUUCGCCAUUUAUGAGGUGCCAAGAGAGUUUCUAGGUCAGUCUGGUGUUCAUCUGAAGCGGGAUUUCUUCCUCACACACGCGUCCAGCGCUCGAUCGGAGCUCUUCAUUAACCUGCGGGAGGUGAGCUCCCGUUUCCGGCUGCCCGCGGGCGAGUACAUCAUCGUCCCGUCCACCUUCGAGCCAAACAAAGAGGCCGAUUUCGUGCUCAGAGUUUUCUCAGAGAAGCCCGCCAACUCAGAAGAAAUGGAUGACAAAGUCAUGGCUGAAAUUCCUGAGGAGCAACGUCUUGAUGAGAGUCAGAUUGACGCUGGUUUUAAGAGUCUGUUCAGACAGCUGGCUGGAGCGGACAUGGAGAUCAGUGUGACGGAGCUACAGACGAUCCUGAACAGAAUCAUCGCCAAACAUAAAGAUUUAAAGACAGACGGCUUUGGUAAGGAGUCGUGUCGGAGUAUGAUCAACCUCAUGGACACGGAUGGCAGUGGGAAACUCGGACUCGUAGAGUUUCAUGUGUUGUGGGAGAAGAUUAAACGCUACCUGCAAAUCUUCCGCGAUCACGAUGUGGAUAAAUCAGGCACUAUGAGCUCGUAUGAGAUGAGGAAAGCUCUGGAAACUGCAGGAUUUAAGCUGAACAAUCAUUUAUUCCAGCUGAUCAUCCUGCGCUACACUGAGGAGGAUCUUUCCGUGGAUUUUGACAACUUUGUGUCCUGUUUAGUGCGACUGGAGACCAUGUUCAAGACGUUCAAGAGUCUGGACACAGACGCUGAUGGAGUCAUUUCACUCACAUUCUUCCAGUGGAUCACCCUGACCAUGUUUGCCUGAAAUGGCGUUUGUCUGCUCUGACCUUCGUUGUGCCUUCAUCAUUACACUUCUCCGAGAGAAACUGCCUUAUUAAUAAAGCCCUGUUUACAGCGUCAGUAAUCACAGCACGAUUACACAAACAUAUGGUGCCAAAUGUGAGGAAAGCCAAGAAGAAACACAUCGAGCUGUUCAUUUACAGUGAGUUUAAAGUCACUUCUCAAUCAAGCUGCAUGUAUUUCCAUUGGACCGCCUGAUGAGACACGUUUACACUCACUCAGCCAAUCAGUUUUUAAUCAAUAUUUUAUGAUGCAUAUCUUGUUUUAUUGAAUGUCAUAUCUGAAUGUGUCUGCUUUAUUAAUGCACAGAUGAUGAUGAUGAUGAUGAUGAUGAUACUGUAGAUUGAAGCCAGCUUUUAAUGUUUAAUCAGGAAAAACUGUUCAAUGUGCUGAAAAACCAAAGGAUGUUUUAAACAAGCCGACUGUUUUAUUCACGUCAUGCACAUUCCUUCAGUACCGUUUUUAUUCCAGAACGUUCAUAUUUGGGGACAGAUCAUGUUUGGUUUCUUUCAUUAUUUCACCGCCAGACUGAACCGCACUUAUCUUAAAGGAAACGUAUAUGAAUAGGUGGUGGAGAGGAUUUUAACGUCUUUAUUUGUGCCAAGCAGCAGAUUUUACAUGAUGAUGUUUUUGUUCAACUUUUAUUAUUUGGCUUUUCAAUAAACUUUCUUUUAAAGAAA